AUAUAAUUGACUCAUAGCCAACGUUUUUAUUUCUCAAAUUAGAGAGGUGUUAAAAUUUUUUUUGAAUUGUUUAAUUUGUAACUACUUUCUUCUACAUAUUUUACAUUAUACCCACAUAACCAAAUGAACUUUCAACCCACAGACUAUUUGAGUGAGUUGAAUCUCGAUUUCGAACUUUCUCCUAAUGUAUCGGAAAACGCUGGUGGUGAUUUGGAUGUGUUUGCACACUCUGAAUUUUUUGACCUUGAUGUGUUUGCAAAGGAUGCUUCUGAAGUAAACAAGGAAUUAUUUGUGAAACAAGAACAAGUUGAUACUUCGUUUUUAGAUUUCCAAAACACUCACCAAGCAAACCAAGCUAUUUCCAUUCCAACCAAUGUUGAAACUGUUGCCAAGUACCCAUAUACUUCUCCUAACAACUGGUCCACUUCUUCUGUGUCUCCACCAUCAUCUAACGAUGAUAAACGUAAAAAGAACACUGCCGCUUCUGCUAGAUUCAGAAUAAAGAAGAAGCAAAAGGAACAAGAAAUGGAGAAGAAGGCGAAGCAACUUCAAGAGAAUGUUUCUAAUCUUGAAAAGAGAUUAAGAACUCUUGAAAUGGAAAAUAAAUGUCUUAAGAACUUGAUAUUACAACAGAAUGAGAGAAAAAACUCUGAUUUACUUGAAAAUAUUAAGAAGAGAUCUAUUAAUUCUCCGUCAGUUUUCGAAUUUACCAAUUAAUUGUCUUGACAAUUGAUUGGAACAAACCCCCCCUUUUAUAUUUAAAAUCCAACUUUUAAUGACCAGUCCUUGAUCCAACUCUAAGGGCUGACUUACGAACAUCUAUAGAACACUUUAACGAGCUAUUUUAAUUCUUCAACACGAAAAAACUCACAUUGUUUCCAACAAACUUUGUGAAGAAAAGGAAUUUGAUUGAUUUAUCUUUCAUAUAUUUCCUUUAACUAUUUUUAUACAAUGACACGAAUAAAC